AUGUGGAUAGCCAAGUCGUGGUACUUCAUCUACUUCAGCGCGGGGGGCUGCCUGAACCCCUUCCUGACGCUCCUCUACCGCGAGAAAGGGCUGUCAGAGGCCCGGAUCGGGGAGCUCGCCGCGCUGCGCCCCCUGGUCUCCCUCCCCGCCGGCUACGCCUGGUCGGCGCUGGCCGACCGCCGGGGCUGGCACCGGCGCAUCAUGCUGGGCACGCUGUGCGCCGCGACGCUCUUCAAGCUGUCGCAGUGGGGCCUGGGAGGGUUGUGGCCCCUGGCCCUGGCGAUCGCCCUGGGCCAGGCGUUCGACGCCCCCGUGACGGCCCUGGUGGACGCCAGCGUCGUGGCGGCCUGCGCGGUGGAGGAGGAUGGCGACUACAGCCGCGUGAGGCUGUUCGGGGCCGUGGGCUGGGGCAUCUGGGCGGCGGCGGGGGGCGGCCUGCUGGGCACGCUGGGCUGGCCCUCGCUCUUCCUCUGCCACGCGCUCCUCACCUGCCUCCUGGCCUGGCCCAGCGCUCGCCUCUCCUUCGACCUGCUGCGGGGGGGGCCCGGGCACGUUGGAGGUGCGCUGAAAGGCUCAGGCACGGGAGCAGGGCGGGGGGGAGAUCAGGAGAGAGGCGGCGCGAGUGCUGUCGGGACGCGGCGACAGGUGUACGUGCUGGCAGAUGUGGAGGAGGCGGUGUCCCUCGUCGGCAAGGCCAGCAAGGGCGGCGAGGGCGGUGUGGAUGACGGAGGCUCCCAGUGCGCAAGCAUCGCCUGCGAUACCCAGCCGGCCGGCGCCGGCCAGUCCGCGCCCGUGGGUCAGCCCUCGCCCUCUGGCCGCCUCACGGGUGCCCCGGACCCCCCCUCGCCCGGGCAGCCGCCGGCCUGGCGCCUGUUGAUCCACCCCCCCAUCCUCGCCUUCCUGGCCAGUGUGGCGGUGAUGGGCUAUGCCAUGGGCGCCAUCGAGAGCUUCCUCUUCCUGGCCCUGCGCGACCUGGGCGGCCCGCCUGCCCUGGCGGGGCUGACGCUGACGGUGACGUGCGUGGCGGAGCCCAUCGUUUUCUGGCACGCGCGGCGCCUGCAGGCCGCGCUGGGGCGGCGCGGCUGCCUGCACCUCGUCUUCGCCGCCUUCCUGGCGCGCCUGGCGUGCUAUGCCACGCUGCGGGGCUGGCCCUCGCCCUGGCUGGUCCUGCCCGGCUGGGCUACGGCCUCGGCAGCCUGA